AUGUUAAUAUCGGGUCCCGAAAAUUUAAAGUGCAACAAAUUGCCACGGCUUACACCUUAUUGUUAUAAAAAAGGCUUUGUUAUUGCACGAAAAGGAAGCUAUUUGGGCAGGGCGUCCCUAGCGUUCUGUCGCGGUUUUUUACAAAUUUUAAUUUGUUAA